UACAAGUCAUAAUACUGACUAUCCUUCCUAUCUGGAUAUAUCUCUGGUUUGACAAGCGCAAGAUACACCAGCUUUCACUUUAUCUAGGUUUAGGUAAGUCACACGUUCAAAUGAUGUUAACGGAUAUCUCUCUUUCAAGCAGUAUCAUAAGAGAUGACAAAUUACUUUUUUCGCGUCGAUUAUAUCAUAUAACCGGAUUAUACAUGAAUAACGAUCUCGAAUUAGUAUAUUUGUAAAGGCAUUAGCGCGUGUGUGUGUAUGCGCGCGCGUACGACACCACACACUGUUGGCACAUAUAUAUAUAUAUAUAUAUAUAUAUAUAUAUAUAUAUAUAUUCGUGAUCAAUUUCACGCGAGAGAAACAAACGCGCGCGUAAUAGCCAGUUUAACUGAUAAAGUAUGCGUUUGUAUAUUAAAAUCGCUCGCGGAUCUUACAGAUGUACAAUUUUCUCUGAAACUAUGGUGGGCACUUUGGUGUAUUUCUAAGGAGAAAAAGAUGAAAAAUAAAUUUGGCGAGAUAACACCCAAUUUAAAGGAGAUAUUCAAACCCUACGCGGAUAAUCCACAAAUUAUCAUGGACGAGAAUAGUUGCGACGGUGUAUUUUUCUACGGCGCGGAUCAGAAAGGUCAUUCAUUAUUUGUUAAAAUGAAUCAUCGAGGAUAUCGCACAGCGGAAUCAGUUUUGCAAGUGACUUUGUCGGAUGGCCGGGUCUAUGUGUUACCCGAUUAUCCUCAUACAGUUGCGAUGGACGAUAGUGCCGGCCAGAAAUGGUCGGCAUCGGGUCUAAAAAUCGAGCCGUUAGAACCACGAAAACGUUGGAGAAUCACUUACAACGGUCUUCUCCGUAAUCAGAGUUUAGACAACGUACUUGAUAAUAUGGAACAUAUUCGUUUAAAUUUCAUAUUUAUCGGGCAUUCUCCGUUUGAAUGGCCGGGUGACUGGAGUACUCGAUUGCACGCGGCCGCUCUGGCACACGAGCCAUGGAAAGGUCCCGAUUGGAUGCGUAAAAUCAAACUACUCGAUUAUACGGGAUUUGAUCAAUGGGGAUCCGCCAUCGGACAGAUAACAUUCAAGGAUUCCACAACGAGUGCAUUGUAUUUACGUGGGUUUUGCCAGCGACGUUGGGGCAAACACGAAUUUGAUCAGUUCCGCCGAACGGUCACAUUUCUCGGUGUAGCGGCAUCAGGGGCAAUGUACCACCUUGGCGUGAGCAGAACCAAAAAUAGUUUUUCACACAUGCGAUUUGGCCACGUGAAUAAUACGACCGAGAUGCAAUCCAAAAUCGACUGGACGGAUCUGAAAAUGGAGGACUUUGAGAAGCAGGGAGAUUACGUUCCCGCAAACUACAGGAUUAAAUUUCGAGCGGCUGAUGUCGAGUAUGAUGCCGUUAUCAAUCACAUGGGGAACGACGCUAUAAAUUAUUAUAAUGGACAACCAUGGCGUUGGGCGAUCACAAUCCGCAAUUUACGUAUAAAACUGAACGGCAGCAAAGGCGCUGGAGUGAUGAUCGUGUGCUAUCCGUACACCGGACCGAAUGAAAUGAGGACACCGAUCGCAAGAAUUCAGCACUUGAAACGACCAGAGACGCUGAAGUGUAGUUUUGUUCUGCACUUUGCUGAUAAGCAAUGUCAGAAUGAGAGCGUCGUUGGCGGAAAGGGAUAUUCACUUGCGACUUUAACGUCCAUCACAACCAAUGACUUUGUGGUACCCCGAGGUUUCUGCGUAACGAGCUUUGCUCUGGAAUGGCAACUGCAGCAUGACAAACAGUUGCGGGAUAUGAUCGCCGAUAUAGUGGAUAUCAGUUGUGGCAAAAAGAAAGAGGAUCUCGAGAAUUAUUGUAAAAAAACGGUAUUUGUCAUUCAGAACACUAUCGUCGAGAAGCGAGUGAAACAAGCCAUACUGGAGGCUUUAAAGGAGUUGGACGACGAGAAUAAUAAAGACCGAAUGAACAAUCGCUACGCCGUGAGAUCCAGCGCUGUCGGGGAAGACAGCGAGGAAACCUCGGCCGCUGGUCAGAAUUCGACGUAUCUAGGUGUACGCACCACCGACGACGUUAUUAGGAGCGUCGCCAAGUGCUGGGCCAGUCUGUUUUCGUAUCAGAGCGUCGAGUACAGACGGCAGAAUGGAUUGCCAAUAAAAGCGUGUAUGGGCGUUUGCGUUCAGCGAAUGGUCGACGCAGAAGCGGCCGGUGUUAUGUUCACCAGACAUCCCACAACUGGAGAUCCGUCCAGCAUUAUUAUUACAGCCAAUUACGGCUUAGGAGAGACGGUGGUGUCAGGGACGGUCGAACCCGACACUUUGACGAUUCACAGGAAAUGGGACAACACUCUGACUGUGAGCUCCUCAGUGCCGGGGAAUAAAGGGCAUAAGAUAUCACUGAGCGUCGACGGCGUGAUCAUGAAUAAUCUCAGUGAACGGGAAAUUUGGGAAAUCUCAAUAUCUGACGCAACCGCUCUGCGACUGGCCAAGAUAGGUUUGCAUCUCGAAUCUUUCUUUGGAUCCGCUCGGGAUAUAGAAUGGGCGAUUGUCGGUGAGCAGAUCUAUCUGCUGCAAGCACGACCUAUCACCACUAUCGACGCUUGGACGGACUUUGAGCUUACGCACGAGCUAGAUUCGGGUGUGCCCGCUGAUGUCGAUUUUAUGACUUUCGCCAACGUCGGAGAAGUACUGCCGCGUCCUAUUUGCCCCUUGUCGAUCACUACCAUUUUAAAAGUUUUGAAUCUGUCGAUUGGCUCCAAGAGUUACGGUUACGACUGCAACUAUCUUCAUGUGGUCGGUAUGAGAUGCGCUAUGAAUUACUGCAUGACAUUCUUACGAAAUGUUGGCGAGAAGAUCACGAUGGCGAAUAAAAUGGCAGACAUAGCCAUUUGCGGGCGCGUGAUAACAACUCCUGAGGUGCACAAGAUUGCCGUGGAGAAACUCGGUGUCGCAAGUAUGAAGCAGAAGAUGAGCGACAUUAGCAAUAUGUUCAAGUGGGCGUGGAUAAACGAACGAAUUGUGAAAGAAGCUACUAAUGUGUAUCGAAAGUACGAAUUGAACGCCAACGAAUUUGAAACAGCCCGUGAGCUAUACAGUGUUAUCAACAAGAAAUAUACAGAGAUCUUCAUGUUAGGAAUAUAUCAUACCCAUACAUCGAGAGUGAGCGUCUGUUAUCAGAUGCUAGCAAUGACGCUUCUGACUGCGAAAAGUGAGGACAUCAUAUCUAAUCAUAUCGCAGACAUUGCCGUUCUAUUGAGUUCCUGCACCAACGUUAUCAGCACCGAAGUACCGAUAGCACUCGGCAAAAUAGCGGCCUGCAUCCGGAAAUACGGCAAGGCAGAGGACUUUGCUAAGGUCGAGCCAGCGAGUGCCAUAGAUUGGUUAAAGUCAAAUUGUCCUCCAGCUGCGGAAAAGUUGGUGGUCUUCUACGAUAUGCACGGCCAUAGAUGCGUUCAGGAGCUGGAUUUCAUCUCGGAACCGUGGAUACUUAAACCCGACAGUAUCAUUAACACGAUACAAUCAUUGGCGACAUCCAUCGAAGAGAAUUACGUGAGCAAAACGCUCAACGUUCAAGACACCAUUGCGUCUCUGAAAACACCUAUGUCGUCGUUCAUCAAAUGGAUUCUACAGAAGGUGAUACCUCUUUCUCGUAAAGCAGUCACCCGUAGAGAAAUGACAAAGAACUUUAUGGUGUCCAUGCUGCACAAAAUGCGAGUAGCUUACAUACAGCUAGGUACUUUGAUGGUGCAGGAAAAUUACAUGCCCGAUAAGAAUCUCAUAUUUUUCCUGACGAAUUAUGAGAUCGCGCAACUCUUGAACAAUCAUCACAAUCCGUUAAUAGUGCGAAAGGCGUUGCGUAGAAGGAAAAUUUAUCACCAAUUAUCAAAAGUGGAAUAUCCAGAGUUUUGCACCGGUAUGCCCAUGCCGAUACAGAAGACUCUCGACGUAUCCACAUCGUACGGAGAUAACACCAAAGUAGAAGGUACUUCGGUCUACGGCGGUUCUCUGAUGGCCAGAGCGUGUGUAAUAACGGAUUUGUCCGAGGCGAAGAAUAUACGGCACGGAGAUAUUCUGAUCACGCACUGCACCGACAUCGGCUGGAGCCCAUACUUUCCGCUAUUAAGCGGUAUCGUAACGGAAUUAGGCGGUCUUAUAAGUCACGGUGCUGUCGUAGCGCGAGAAUACGGUCUUCCUUGCAUCGUUGGAGCAAAACACGCAACACAAAUCUUUCAAACGGGUGACACUGUACUGUUAGCCGCAGACAUUGGCACGUUACAAUUAAUUAAGAAGGGUUAACACAAAGUGUCUUUUUCUCUCGUCCUUCCUUCUUUUCUCUUUACGCGCGCGCACAUAUCUGUUAUUACAUCAUGGUAUAUAUAUAUAUAUAUAUAUAUAUUUUUUUUUUUUUAAGUUACUCAAAGUUUCACGUGUGAAUUUUACUUGUGCUUUUACUUUACUAGUGUCUUUUUAUUUUCAUUAUCAUGCAUAAUAUGCAAGAGAUGGAAAAAAAUGAGAUGGAUUGAACGAAAAAGCCACAACGAACGCUGUGUGUGAACGUAAGUCGCGGCAAGGAUAAAUCAGGUUAAGUUUUUGCAUUCUGCGUCCAUUGUAUAAUCUAUGUCGCGUACAUAAUUCAUAUAAUAUAUCGAGAUGGUUGAAUAAAUUAUAACACAAUAUAUAUAUAUAUAUACACA